AUGUCAUUAUUAGAUGAUAUUAACUUCUGCUGGGCUAUUUCUAAUUAUCAUAAUUACAAAUCAUCCAUAUCAUUAGAUCAUUCAAUAAAUGACACAUUAAAUCAUUUUUAUAAAUUAAAUUUAUCAACUGAUGACAUCAAGCUGAUAUUAGAUGCACAAUCUGCAAGGAGAAAGAAGUCAAUAGUGUAUAUUGCAAAAGCUACAGUUUAUGAAUAUUUGGUAAAGUCAAUUAAAAUUAAUUCGAAUUCUUUGGAAAGUGUUCAAUCAGAUAUACAACUAUUUAUACAAUGUAUUAGUAAAAGUUUAGGAUUAUAUUUGAAUGAAGAUGAGAUUAUUAAUACUAUUAAAGAAUGUAAAUCCCCAGAGAAAACCAGUUUGGACGAACAAAAGCAAAUUAUAAGAAAUAAAUCAAAUCAGUAUGGUAAAAGAAAUACUUAUUUUUUAAAUGAAAUUAAUUUGCAAUUUAAAGAAGAUUUUGUCACCAUGGCAUUAAUUAAUAAUUUAGCUGAUGACUUGUUACUUCCAUUAGUUAUAACUAACAAUUUUAAAAACUCCAAUUUUGAUUAUUAUCCCACUGGUAUGCUUAAUUCAUUUCAUUUACAUGCUUAUUUAUUAGGUUUAAAUUAUACAUUACAAUUACGAAAGAAAAAUAUUGUAUUAUUCAUGAAUAAUAAUGUAAUUUUGAAACAAAAAUAUUCAAAUAUUGAGAUUGUAUACUUAAAUCCAAAAUUUGACAAGUAUUAUAAUGAAGAUAAUUUUAUUAAAUUUCCGUUUGAUUAUGGAUUAAUUGAUAUAAUAAAAUCUAAAAUUCAAAAUAGCGAAAAUCUUGUUCAAGCUUGUCAAAUUUUUCAAAAAGUGAUAGAUGAUCUUGAAAAUGAUUCAUUUUUGAUUAAUAUCAGUCAGUUAUGUAAUUAUCAAUUUUUAAAACAUACUGGAUUUAAAGACAUAGAUCCAGUAAAACCAAAAUCAAGUAUAAUUAAAUGUCGUGGUGGAAAGUACUAUAUACUGGACAACUAUCCAACUACAACAUAUUUGAAUUAUGACUAUGGAAUAAAAGAUAUUUACAUGAUUAUAAAAACUUUGUGGGAAUUUAAUCACUCUAAAGAUCAAACUAAGGAAUCCAUAAAUUUGGAUAAAUUUAAAGCCGGUAUUGAGGGUAUAAUUUCAAAAUUAGAUUCAGAUCUACAGAAUAAAUUGUUGAUCUUGUAUAAUCAAAUUAAUGAAAAAUAUGGUGAUGGAAUUUAUCAAAAUCAAACUAGGAAAUUAAUUGAAAAAUCAAAUUUUAAAAUAUCACAAGAUGAAAUAUCUAAUUUCAAAACAUUGUAUGAAUUACAUGAAAACUUUAGAGAUGAAAAUAAUUUCAAUACUUCACAUUUAACUAGUACUUUGUUCAUAGAUGAUGAUUUAGUUAAUAAUCAAUCAAUAAUUGGUAAUGGUAGAAAUAUCAAGAAAAGAAGCAAAACAUCCACUAAUUUACCUACAAUCAAAAGAUCCAAAAUACUUCAAACUCUUAAGAAAGAUAAAUUAUCAUUUAUUGAAUCAGAAGAUACUAUUUAUAAUAAUAAUAAUAGAAAUAAUAUUAAUAAUAAUAAUAAUAUUAAUAAUAAUAAUAAUAAUAAUAAUAAUAAUAAUAAUAAUAAUAAUAAUGAUAUUAAUAAUGAUUCAUUUACUAAAAAAAUCAAUCAAAGAUCCAAAUAUACACCAAACUCAUCUGCAAACAAUUCAAAACAUGAUAAUACUAGUAAUGGUGAUGCGAGUACUCCAAAUAAUAUCAAAACUAAUAAUGCAAUUUUGAUUACUCAUGAUGAUGGUGGUAUUGAUUUAAAUAAAUUAAAGAUAAAUAAAAGAUCAAGAGCAGCUAAAGAAAAGGCAAAUUAUAAGGAGUCUGAUUCUGAUGAUAGUGAAUCUUCCGAAGAGUCUGAUUCUGAAGAUUCUGAUUCCGAUUCCGAUUCUGAUUCUGAUUCCGAUUCUGUGUCUGAAGUUUCAGGAGAGGAUGAGAUUAUAAAUAAAGAUGAAUUAUUAUUGAGUGUACAAGAUAGUUUGGAAAAGAAGAAAGACAAAUUGGUUGCUUCAGUGAAAAAGAAUGGAUCUAAAAUUGGUGAAUCUCCAGCUCCUGUUGAAAAUGAACAUCCACAUUCAAAUUCAAAGAGUCCAAGUAGCAAAGUCUCAACUUCAACUACUCAAAGAAAUAGAAAUCUUAGAUCAGUCACUGCAAAUAUUAAUGAGAAAAUAAAUGAUGAUUGUCAUGUUGAUAAAACUCCAGGUGCUGUAAAAUCGGCAGAUCAAACAAAAUCAACAACUGGUGCUGUUACCACAAGUGCUGAUAGAACAAAACCAUUUGAACCUACAAGUAAGGAUGUAAAUCCAAGUGCUAAUAGUACAAAUGUUGUGCCUUCAAGUGCUCAAAAUUCAAAUCGACCAUUGAAACAAGCAGAUACUAUUACUGCUUCAAUUACUAAUGCUAUCAAACCGAUGUUCGGUGUUUUUAAUGCGAAGGAUUUUACCAAUGCCACAAACACAGCAAUUUCAACUGAUGAACAAACACCUCCUAUUAGUUCUAAUAUUAUAGCAACUGCAACUAAUAGCAAUCAACUGGAAAUAAAACCAAAAUUAGCUUCAUCUCCAACUCCAGCUCCAAUAUCAACAGCAAAAGCUAAAGAAUUAGCUCGAACAAACGUAAAUAAACAAGGUGCUAAGGAAACUCCAAAAUUGAGUACUAUAUUGGGUCAUUUGGGAAAUUUAAAAUCAGAGCUUAAUCAAUUAACGCAAAAAAUAGCUCAAGGUUUAGAAAAUGAAGAUGAUGUCAGACUAUUUAAAAGAUAUAUGAAUUUUGCACAAACUUUAAAGCAAAUUCCAUCACCAAAUCAAAAUUCAGCAAUUUUAAGAACUUUAAAUGCAAUUGAAAAGAAUCCACAUAUGUAUGAUGGUGGUGAUGUGGCGAAAAGAAGUAGGAAAAAGAAGCCAGAGAAUGUUUCGAAAACUAACCAUCAAAGUAGGAAGAACGUAUCUGGUGAAAAACAGUCAACUGCUACUUGUCAUAAAAAAGAUAAAGAAAAUGAGAAAUCAAAUGAUAACACUAAGGAAAUACAUAAUGAAAAAGAAAGUGCGGAAAGAAAAUUGAGUUCAAGUUUGGAGCAAUCAUUAAACAGAGUAGAGGACUCAAAUUCAGAGAAAUUAUUAAAAAUAUUAGAAGACGAAAAACACGAAGUUCAAAAGGAGUUAAAUCUUGUAUCUGAAAAACUUUCAACUUUAACAACAGAUCAAAAAUAUGAAAAAACUCAAACAACCAGAAGGAAAGCCGAAUUGUUAGAAGCAAUUCAAGCCAAACAAGCUCAUAUUGAGCAAGUGACAAAUAAGAUACAAAAACUUAAUGAAUCGAAAGCCUCAGAUUUUAGUAAUAUUGCCAUACCUGCUCAACCACAAAUUAAAUUAACACAUUCAUCCUCAAUUCAUCGUCCCGUCUCUCAAGGAAAUCCAUAUGCUGCACUUGGUGUUCCUCAAUCAAAUAAGUCAACAACUAGUCAACAAGGUGUAACAACUCAGAAAUCAAUUAUGAAAUCAACACCUACAUCUAAUUCAAAACUGACAAUUAAAAAGGAACCUAAACUAAAAACACCAGUAGGUUCAAGUAACGAUCAACAUUCAACUAUUUUCAUUCACUCAAAUACUAUAUCACCAAGUUCUAAUGAUUUAUAUGCGGAAAAAAUUGAAGAACAGAGAAGAGAAACUGAAGAAUUUGUUGCAAAAUACGGAAUAGUUUUGGAUUCAUCAAAAAAUAAAGUGCAACCCCAAUCCAAUAAAAUUAGAAGUUCAUCUCAAACAAUCGAAUCGCCAGCUAAUGAAAUUGGAAGCUCGUCUCCAAAAGCUCAACCACAACCUAAUAAAAUUGGUGAUUUAUCUCAAACAACACAACCGCAACCUGAUAAAAUUGGAGAAUCAUCACAAACAACACAACCACAAUCUAAUAACAUAGGCUCAUCUCAUACAACACAAUCACAAUCUAAUAAAGUAGGUAGUUCAGUACAAACAGAGCAACUACAAGCUGAUAAAAUUGGAAGUUCAUCACAAACAACGCAACCACAAUCUAAUAAGAUAGGUUUCUCUCAAACAACACAAUUACAAGCUAAUAAAGUAGGUAGUUUUUUACAAACAGAAGGUAGUUCAUCAGAUAUAGCACAGCCACAACUACAAAAUGCUUCCAACAAUUUACCUCAAGUUAGAUUACCAAAAUUGAAUUCACUUAAAGAUUUAAAGCAACCUACAACAACAAUUGAGAACAGAUUUAGUGAAAGUACAACAUCAUUAUCUGCUAACAAAAGAGAACUGUCCCCAAAUAAGCAUUUAUUUAAAAAAUUAAAUGAAUAUUCAUCAAGUGAAGAAGAGAAUAAAAAGAAGAAUAACAGUGAUUCAGAUUCCGAUUCGGAUUCAAAUGUACUUAUUGAUUUUGGCCCCAAUUCCGGCUUAAAAUCAUCUUCAAAUCCAAAAGCAAGUUCAAGUUCAAGUUCUAGUUGUAGUUCUAAUUCAGAAUCGGAUUCAGAUUCAGAUAGUAGUGGUCAGAGUAGUAGUAGUGAUUCAGCAUAG